CUAGUUCUGUUUCGUCAUCGUCUACUCCUUUGCUAUUGGGCCUAGUAACGAAACGGAAAUUUUCCGCGCUUUCGUCGGUGAAAGUUCACAAAUUAAAGAGUGGCGGGAGCUGAUGUCUAUCGGGGUCUUUGUUGUUAAGCAGCAGUUUUGUAGGUCUUUAUAACUUCUCUACAAGCGCUUCGGACGCUCAUAGUUUACAAAGUCCUCCUACAUUUAGGUAUGGAUUUUAAACGACGCAAUGGUGGUUCUUUUAUGGGCGGCAAGUCUCAGGCCAAGCGGGGUAAAAUGGCUGGCGAAUGGGAGGACAGUCCAUCACAGUUUGAAGAAGAAUUGUUGAUGUUUGACGAAGCAGAGAUGGAUUCAGAGGAGAUGGAGGGGCAAGCAGGACAUGAUGUCAUUCCAGUGGGUGACCUUUUCUCAGCAGACCUCAACCCUCGUUGGCGAAGGCCUCCUGCUCCAUCACUGAACCCAUCAUCUGAUACCUUAGUCUUCCAGCAGAUUGAUCUUGACUACUACUUGGGUGCAUCAGUUGCCGGUAUGCCUGGUCAGUCACAAGGAAAAGUACCAAUCAUUAGGAUGUUUGGUGUGACAGACAGUGGAAACAGCGUGUGUUGCCAUGUCCAUGGUUUUGCGCCGUACUUCUACGUUCCUGCACCGAGUGGGUUCAAAUCUGAUUACCUGGGUGAAUUUAAAAGAGAGUUGAACUCUGUUGUUCUGAAGGACAUGCGCUCCAAUAAGGACAACAUCUCAGUCACAGUGUUGGCUGUGGACAUAACCCACAAAGAGAGCAUGUAUGGUUACCAUGGAAAACGCAGUUUGGAUUUCUUGCGGAUAACCAUGGCGAUGCCUCGUCUCAUUGCACCAGCAAAGAGACUGCUGGAUCAAGGCUUUAAGUUUGGACCCUUUCCUAUCCAGAGUUAUCAAUCUUAUGAGGCCAACAUAGAUUUUGAAAUCAGGUUUAUGGUUGACAGCGAUGUGGUGGGAUGCUGUUGGAUUGAACUUCCCAAAGACAAGUACCAAGUUCGUGAAGAAAAGAGCGCAGGUCAGACAGAUUCUCAGUCCCCAGGCAAGGUGUCUUUGUGUCAGUAUGAAGUGGAUGUUGGAUGGGCAGAUCUGAUAAGUCACCCAGCAGAGGGAGACUGGCAGAGGAUUGCACCACUUAGGGUUCUCAGCUUUGACAUUGAGUGUGCAGGAAGAAAAGGAAUCUUUCCAGAACCAGACAAAGAUCCCGUGAUUCAGAUAGCUUCUAUGGUCCAGCGGCAGGGUGAGACGGAGCCCUUCAUUCGCACAGUGUUCACCCUUCAGUCCUGCGCCAGCAUUGUUGGCUCUCAGAUAUUAUGUUUUACUCAGGAGAAACAGCUUCUCCAGAGCUGGGCAGAGUUUUUGAGAACUGUGGACCCAGACGUCAUCACUGGAUACAACAUUCAGAACUUUGACUUUCCCUAUUUACUCAACAGGGCAGCUGCUUUGAAGGUGAAUUAUUUUCCCUAUUUGGGCCGAAUGCGAGGUGUCAGAUCAGUUCUGCGAGAGUCAAGUUUCCAGAGCAAGCAGAUGGGCCGCAGAGAGAACAAGACCAUCAACAUGGAGGGCCGAGUUCAGUUUGACCUGCUGCAGGUUCUCUUAAGGGAUUACAAACUGCGCUCCUACACACUGAAUGCUGUGAGUUUCCAUUUUCUGCAAGAGCAGAAGGAGGAUGUGCAGCAUUCCAUCAUCACUGAUCUGCAGAAUGGAAACGAGCAGACACGCCGUCGUUUGGCAGUUUACUGCCUGAAAGACGCCUACCUCCCCCUGCGUCUGCUGCAGAAGCUGAUGUGUGUGAUCAACUACAUGGAGAUGGCCAGAGUGACCGGUGUGCCUCUCACAUACCUGCUCUCAAGAGGACAGCAGAUUAAAGUUGUCUCUCAGCUGCUGCGACAGGCUAUGAAACAGGACCUGGUCAUGCCUGUUGUGAAAACAGAAGGAGGAGAAGACUACACUGGAGCAACUGUUAUCGAACCAGAGAAAGGAUAUUACAGCCUUCCUAUCACCACCCUGGAUUUCUCCUCCUUGUAUCCGUCCAUCAUGAUGGCGCACAAUCUGUGCUACACCUCCCUGCUGCAGAAAGGCUCAGUGGAGAAACUGGGCCUGUCACCAGAGGAAUUCAUCAAGACUCCUACAGGUGAUCUGUUUGUGAAGAGCUCUGUGAGGAAAGGACUUCUCCCUGAGAUCCUUGAGAACCUGCUGUCUGCUCGAAAGAGGGCUAAAGCAGAGCUAAAGAAGGAAACCGACCCAUUCAAAAAGCAGGUGCUGGAUGGCCGACAGCUGGCCCUUAAAAUCAGUGCCAACUCUGUGUAUGGCUUCACAGGAGCCCAGGUGGGCAAGCUGCCCUGCUUGGAGAUCUCACAGAGUGUCACCGGUUUUGGAAGACAAAUGAUCGAGCAAACAAAACAGCUGGUGGAGUCCAAGUACACCAUUUCCAAUGGUUAUCAAGCCGAUGCCAAGGUCAUUUAUGGAGAUACAGACUCUGUCAUGGUCAAGCUUGGUGUUGCAACUGUAAAGGAAGCCAUGAAUAUUGGGAGGGAAGCGGCUGAGUGGGUGUCAUCCCAUUUUACACCACCCAUCAAGCUGGAGUUUGAGAAGGUGUACUACCCGUACCUGCUGAUCAACAAAAAGCGCUAUGCAGGCUUGUAUUUCUCUUCUAGUGCAGACAUGCAUGACAAAAUGGAUUGUAAAGGCAUUGAGACGGUUCGCAGAGACAACUGCCCUCUGGUGGCCAACCUUAUCAACACUUGUCUGCAGAAAAUCCUCAUUGACAGGGAUCCCCAAGGUGCUGUAGAUCAUGCCAAAGAAGUGAUCUCUGACCUGCUGUGUAAUCGUAUCGACAUUAGCCAGCUGGUCAUCACCAAGGAGCUGACACGCACAGCCCAGGAGUAUGCUGCCAAGCAGGCACAUGUGGAGCUGGCAGAAAGGAUGAGGAAAAGAGAUGCGGGCAGUGCCCCAAACCUGGGAGACAGAGUUCCAUACGUCAUCAUCAAAGCUGCAAAGGGAGCAGCAGCCUACAUGAAGUCUGAGGAUCCGAUCUACGUGCUUGAGAACAAUAUUCCUAUUGACACACAAUAUUACCUGGAACAGCAGCUGUCCAAACCCCUGCUGAGAAUAUUUGAACCCAUCCUGGGGGAGAGCAAGGCAGAGAGCACCCUGCUAAAGGGCGAUCACACACGCUGUAAGACUGUGUUGACCUCUAAGGUUGGAGGCCUCAUGGCAUUUGCUCAGAGGAGAAGCACCUGCAUUGGCUGCAAAGCUGUCCUGAAGACGGAUGCUGCUGUGUGUGAUUUCUGCAAGAAGAAGGAGUCUGAACUGUAUCAAAAAGAGAUUUUUCACCUGAGCACAUUAGAGGAGCGUUUCUCUCGUCUGUGGACUCAGUGUCAACGCUGCCAGGGUUCCCUCCAUGAAGAUGUGCUCUGUACCAGCCGGGACUGUCCCAUUUUCUACAUGAGGAAGAAAGUUCAGAAAGAUUUGGACGACCAGAGCAAGCUGGUUUCUCGCUUUGGAUGGUGAGAGAGGAAUAUUGAUAGCAGAUGUACUUUAUUUCUGAUUACCUUGGACUCUCAUCCUUACACCAUAUUUUGGUGCCUGUAAAAAUGCAUAUAUGUCACUUUAUCAAUGUUUUCUAAAAUGAAUUAAAUGGUUUCUUUUUGUAUAAUAAAAUGCAGUAGCA